AUGGAUAUCAAAACCAGCCCAGUGUGGAUAUUGGAGCCUAAAGAGGGAUUCGAGGGACUGAAAUUACAUCCCUCUCAACCUCUCCCAGAACUAAAUGAUCAUUCUUGUUUGAUCCAAAUUGACGCCGUUUCGCUCAACUAUCGAGAUGUGGCUAUUCCCAAGGGACAAUAUCCUAUGGCCUUUAGAGGCCGGAUAAUUCCCUGUUCUGAUGGGGCAGCUACGGUUAUCAAAACCGGUCCGGCAGUUACUCGCUUCGCGAUCGGCGACCGGGUUUGUACCCUAUUCAAUCCCUCGCAUCAGUCGGGAUAUUUUACUCCAGACACGCGAAAAUAUUCGUUGGGUAGUUCUGCCGAUGGUACCUUGAGGAAGUACGCGGUCUUUCACGAGACUGCUCUGGUUUCUCAACCAAAAAAUAUCACAUCGCUACAGGCAGCCACCCUUCCCUGUGCCGGUGUAACCGCUUGGAACGCAUUCUACGGAAUUGCGGACCGGAAACUGCAACCAGGAAGUUAUGUCCUGACUCAGGGUACAGGAGGGGUAAGUUUGAUUGCUAUCCAGAUUGCGUUGGCAGUUGGUGCAACCGUCAUUGCCACAACCUCGUCACCAGAGAAAGCGAAUCGGCUAAAAGAGAUGGGUGUACAACAUGUGAUUAAUUAUAGAGAAACUCCAAACUGGGGAGAGGUGGCGCGUCAAUUGACACCUGAGAACCGUGGAGUAGACCAUAUUCUUGAGGUCGGAGGCGAGGCCACCAUCCGUCAAUCGCUGAAGGCAAUCAAAAUGGAAGGUGUGAUAUCGAUCAUUGGGUUUUUAGGUGGUGCAAAUAAUGCUCCCCAGUGCUCCUUUCAGGAGUGCCUCUCUACAUUAGCGAUAGUACGAGGUACCAGCGUGGGGUCGAAGGAGCAAUUCAAGGAACUCAACGCAUUUAUCCAGAGCCACAAUAUCCAGCCAAUCGUGGAUUCAAAUGUUUUUGACUUCCAAGAUGCCCCGCGAGCAUUUCAGUAUCUCUGGGACCAAAAACAAUGGGGAAAAGUGGUGAUCCAUAUUAAAUGA